CGGGUUUGCAGUAAUGAACAGAAUUCAAGACAUAAUGGCUUUGAUCUGCCUGCUGUUUCUCAAACUGCCAAAGUUUGAGAUGGCCAGUGGAAAAGUCUUAGAGGAGACUUACCGAAAGUGGGUCCAGUACAAAGACGACUGUGUCAAAAUGAUAGAGAACGAGCCCUUUCCAGUGGGCUUGUUCUGUAACAGGACAUUUGACAGAUACGCCUGUUGGCCAGAUUCUCCUGCUGGCUCGCUGGUCAACAUCUCAUGUCCUUUCUACCUGCCCUGGUAUGACAAAGUGUCUCAGGGUGUCGUGCGUCGGCGAUGUAGUGUUGAUGGCCACUGGGAGAUAGAAGACAGCGGGCAGGUGUGGAGAGACAAGACCCAGUGUGAGGAGGAGAAAGAGGUCACAUCUCAGGAGCUGUGGCUGAAACAAUUGAUGGUGGGUUUCAGGAUGAUGUACACCGUCGGCUAUUCCUUGUCCCUCUUCACGCUAAUAACAGCUCUUAUCAUUCUUCUCAGCUUUAGGAAACUACACUGCGCAAGGAACUACAUUCAUGCUAACCUCUUCCUGUCCCUCAUCCUGCGAGCUGUAUCUGUCAUUGUUAAGGACACCAUGCUGGAACGCCACUGGGGACGAGAGAUUAUGAAACAGACCGACGUGAGAGAGAUGCUUAGCCACCAUGCUGCUAUUGGCUGCAGGGUAGCACAGGUGAUAAUGCAGUACUGUGUCCUGGCCAAUCACUACUGGUUCUUUGGAGAGGCAAUUUAUUUAUACUCUGUGCUAAUUGCCUCAGUGUUCAUCGACAACAAAAAAUACUUACCUUACAUCUGUCUUGGCUGGGGAACUCCACUUCUAUUUGUGGUUCCCUGGGUAGUGAUGAAGCUAUUUAAAGAAAACAAAGAGUGUUGGGCUCUCAAUGAGAACAUGAACUACUGGUGGAUCAUUCGUUUCCCGAUACUUUUUGCUUCACUAAUCAACUUUCUGAUUUUCAUGAAGAUCCUGAAGGUCAUUCUUUCCAAAUUACGAGCUAACAAUCAGAGUGGAUACCCUGAUUACAAACUUCGGCUCGCCAAGGCAACCCUUACCCUCAUCCCUUUGUUUGGGAUUCAUGAGAUUAUAUUUAUCUUUGCUACAGAUGAGCAGACAACAGGUGUUCUGCGCUACAUUAAAGUCUUCUUCACCCUUUUUCUCAAUUCAUUUCAGGGCUUUCUGGUGGCUGUGCUCUACUGCUAUGCCAAUAAAGAGGUGCGGACAGAGCUGAAGAGGAAGAUACGCAGCUGGAGGAUAGAAGCUGAGAUUGUAUGCUGUGGACAGUGACUAGCCGUUCUUGACUCUCGAGUAGAAACUUUCUCCAUUGCCACAGUGCCAGAGCGCCACAGAUCAUCUGCCACAACAUCACGGGCAAUGCCUGAUGGUUCACCCACUCCUGAGAGUUCAUUUAUUUUUAGACGUCAAGAUCAGCCAACCUCC